CCUCCCCCGUGGGCAACGAGAGACCCAUCAUUGGGAUAUUGUCACAGGAAUGUCACUUCGAGAAGUUCCACAGAUUUGGAAGUUCUUAUAUUGCAGCUUCAUAUGUGAAGUUUUUGGAAUCUGCCGGUGCCCGAGUUGUGCCAAUAAGACUAAACCUUUCAGAUGAAGAAUAUGAUAAAAUAUUCCACUCUAUUAAUGGGGUACUUUUUCCAGGAGGUGGUGUGGAUCUUAAGACUUCAGAGUAUUCCAGGGUUGCUAAGAUAUUUUACCACAAGGCAUUAGAGGCUAAUGAUAAAGGAGAUUAUUUUCCAGUAUGGGGAACAUGUCUUGGACAUGAAGAGCUGACAUAUCUCACAAGUGGCGAAGUUUUACUUGUUAAUACCAAGACAAAUGGAUUUGCACUCCCUCUGAACUUUACCUCAGCUGCAAAAGACAGUAGGUUGUUCAAGAAUUUCCCUGAUGAUGUAUUACAUGCAUUUGCUACCGAGCCCUUGACAUCAAACUUUCAUAUGUGGAGCCUCUCCAUGGAGAAUUUCACAAAGAAUGAAAAGCUUCGUAAUUUCUAUAACGUUCUGACCACUAACAUCAAUGAUGAAGUGGAGUUUAUAUCUACCAUGGAAGCAUACAAAUAUCCAAUUUAUGGUGUACAGUGGCAUCCAGAGAAAAAUCCUUUUGAGUGGAAGAAUUCACCAGGCAUUCCACAUUCCCCAUCAGCUGUAAGAGCAGCAUAUUAUAUAGCUGACUUCUUCAUUAAUGAAGCCCGGAAGAGCCUGCACCAGUUCCCUAGUGAAGAUGAGGAAACAAAAGAAUUGAUUUAUAAUUAUACUCCAGUUUAUACAGGAACAUUUUCUUCAUUUCAGCAAAUCUACUUUUUUGAUUGAGUACCGUGUCAAAGGUGCAGUGUUGCUAUUUAUAAAUGGAAUUAUUUGCCAGCAUUGUGUAAUUAAGCUAAUAUAGUGCACUGCACGUGACAGAAAGCCCAAACAGUUCUCUUACUUUACAGUGAUUUAUCCUGUGUUUCUUCUGCACUCUUGGACCAUUAAUAUAAAAUUUACAUUCAAUAACGUAACAAUUGUCCUGGAUCAUACUUUAAGGCAAGCUACAGAAAAAUGCAUUUUUCUUCCAGGGAGGCGGUCUUGAUUGAGCUUAUAAACUUGGAAGUAAUCAGGUUAUUACAAGGAAAAACGCUGUGUUCAUAUAUUUUAAAAUGUGAAUGUUAUCUUUGUAAAAUGUUGUGAACUGUGAUAGCACUAGAAGCAUAGGUACAUUGCUUAGUAAAAUCCUGUCUUUUC